GGAAAAAAACAGAAACAAAAUAAAAUAACUCUUGUUCAAUAAACAGAUUGAAACAUUCUUGCAUCUAAAUAUGAUCCUUAUCAUUCAUUUAGGGCACAUUCAUUUAGGAGAUAUGGCUGAGGUGUGGGAUAUAAAAUUCAGCAAUGAUGGUAAAUCAAUGCUUCUGAUCACCAAGAGUAACACCAUUUAUGUCUUAGAUGCAUAUAAUGGCGAGAAGAGAUGCGGAUUUAGUGUGGAUGCUUCUCCAAACACAACAAUUGAGGCCACAUUUGCCCUUGAUGGCCAAAUAUGUGCUUUCAGGAUCUGGAGAUGGAACAUUGAAUGGUUGGAGCAUCCCCGCCAGAAGCAAGAGAUGCAAAUUCAGCUGUUGCCAGUUUUGACUACUCUAAAGAGAAGUUUUUACUACAAAGGGAUUUUGAGCAACUACUUUAUAUUUGUUGUUCCCCUGAUCAUCCACAUCACAAUUUGAAACUGCUCUUCACUGCCUCAGCAGGAUGACAUUUGCAUGCUUGUAUAGUGGUAGUAUUACUGGUCUAGUUGCAAAACUGGGAAGUGAAGGAGACUCUGAGUAUUGGGCUAGUCGUUGAGUCCCCAAUCAAAUAUUUUAAUUUCUAUUCUAAUUAGUAUGGUUAGUUUUUUUGUUCCAUAUUAGGUUCUACCAACUGCUAACCAUUUGUGUCGUCAUCUUGUAUGUAUAUUCAGUAUCAUGUUCCACAAUUUUCAAUCAGUAGGAUGGUUUACAAACAAAAGUUCCUAAAAUCAUUUGCUGUGUAAUGCCGUCCACCAUUUUCAUCAUGAUUUGUAACUUGCUUUGGUGAUGACCUGGCCAAAUGGUUCAGUCUGGUUGAACAGUUUUAUGAGAAUCAAGAGCGAGCGAAGGUUGAGGAAUUGAAGAAUCGUUGGAGAGGGCUGUUCAUUUGUGAUAAACAACAACCAGAAACAGUACCAAGAUCGAGUGAUUCGAUUUUGAAGAACAACCAAAACAGGGACGGUUGAUUGUUUGCGGUGUGAGGUCAAGGCUGAAGAAAUUGGAUUUGCUUGAUUCUUACCUUUGAUCUUCGCCGACAACAAGAAGAAAAAAAGGAACGGAAGCUAGUGAAGGUUAGGAGAAAAGGCAGAAUCUUGGUAAUUGGUGAGAAAAGUCAAACUUUUUGGAUUUUGGUAAGCAACGUGAAUCAAAAGGAAAAAGAGGCAGUGACUCUUCAAUCCAAAGG